CCUACUGGAACACCAUCCCGAGGAGGCAGCGAGUUCGACUCGUGCCGGGUUGCGAGCCGCACACGGUUCGCCGAUCGCGUACACCUCGUGAGGGUACACCGAGGGGUGGCAUAACGCAGAAGGGUGACGCGACGCGAGACCCCGCGCUAUUUCUCGCGACAGUGGAUACACCGUAUUUGCCGCGCUGCAAUUAAAACGGCCACGCUGCAAAUUCGCGGGCUAACAGAUAAAACUGAUAAGACACUUGGAAAUAACGUCGAAUCCGGGCGACGCAAAUCGGUGCCGAGAGCAGCAGAUAUAUGUGACUUAUCCGAGCGCGAGAGUGCGAAAGGUCUUCGCAGUGUCAUCGAGAGGAGGAGAAGAAAAUAGAGAGUGAAUCACAUCGUUUGCCGGCGGCAGAGAAUGAUCCGCGCGAGGGAGGAACGUUGAAGACUCUAUCUGAGGGGAGCGAUAUAUAAACCGUGCUGGGCUAAAACCGCAGUGAUUUAUACGCUGCGAUCAUAAGUUUCCUCGCGACCGGGAGGAGGAGAGGAAAGUGUAUGUAGGGUGUAUGUGUGUGUACGUGUAUCUGUUCUCCGGUAUGAUCAGUCACGAGUGAGGUUCCGGUACCGACGUCCAUUCUCGCGGAAUCACACGACCACGUGCGAUUCCGGAAAGAUGAUACGCGACUACCUGAUACUGCUCUCGUGGCUUUGCGCGGUACAAGGGAAAAUAGGAUAUUUCUGGCAUAUCACGGAUAUUCAUUACGACCCUAAAUAUUCUACGCAGGGAAACACCGCCACCAUGUGCUGGAACGCUGGCACGAGGAACAGCAUCGAUGGCGGUCGAAUAAGGCUCGACAGAAAACUGGCCGGCAAAUUCGGCGACUACAGCUGCGAUUCGCCCUGGGCGCUGAUCGAGUCGGCGGCGCGGGCAAUGAGAUCGAAACAAAGCGAAGGAAUCGAGUUCGUACUGUGGACGGGCGACGCGCUGACGCGCACCGUCGGCAUGAGCGUGGAGCUGCGUCUGCAGUGUUUGCGGAAUUUGACCGAUCUGUUGCACCGCACAUUCAAGGGACAAUUCGUGUUCCCCGCACUCGGCCACGAAGACAUCGGCGUCAAUUACACGCAGCUCGCGAAUAUCUGGCAGAACUGGCUUCCGCCGGAAGCGCAAGACACCUUCGUGAACGCUGGCUACUAUACGAUCGAGCAGCGCAUGAAAAAAUAUCGGAUCGUCUUCCUUAAUACAAAUUUGUGGCUGAACCCGAUCGACAACCGUAUGCUGCACCGCAUGGGAAGCAGCACGGUCGAUAAUACGCAAGAUCCCUUCGGCCAGUGGUCCUGGUUCCAGAAGGUUCUCGAAGACGCGAGGAAGAAAAAGGAGGCGGUGUACAUAGUCGGCCACACGCCGCCAGGAGUGGACGACCAUGAAAGCGGAGCCGCAGCACUCAACGAGAGACACAACACGAAGUAUCUGCAGGUGGUGCGACUCUACUCGGACAUCAUCCGGGGACAGUUCUUCGGCCACUGGCACUCGGACACGUUUCGCGUGAUUUACAGCGACACAGGUCUGCCCGUAUCCUGGAUAAUGAUGGCUCCCAGCAUAACGCCGAACACCGUCGGAGGACCCAACAACCCGGGCUUGCGACUGUACAAGUUCGAAACUAACACCGGACAGAUUCUGGAUUACACGCAGUACUAUCUUAAUCUGCCCGAAGCGAAUUCAAACGGCAAAGCGAACUGGGAGGUCGAAUACUCGCUGCUCGAGUAUUACGAGCUGCAGGAGAUAUCGGCGAUCACUCUUCAUGACCUGGCGGACCGAUUUACACAAUCGAAUGAUUACGCCUUCGUCAGGUAUUACGCGGCCAACACGGUCUCGCUGCCGCGCGAGGUGGAGCAGAUCUGGGGCUGCGGCGGUCCGCUCAACGGAGUCUGUGCGCUGCAUCAUUAUUGCACCGUGACGAGGCUCAAUCCCGAGUCCUAUAGGGAAUGCUACUCGUCCUAUGCUUACGCCCUGGCAUCUACGGGACACUCCACCGUGCGUCUCUUCUUCGCGUUGCAUCUGCCAGUCCUGCUGAUCUGUGCUGAGGUCCUGAACGACCGGUAGGAUAAGCGAGACGAGGAAACUCGCGAUAGCGCGGACUACGGCCCGCGUCGGCUCUCCACGACAGUCUGCAUCUUCUUCCUGGCAGCGUCCGAUCGGAAUGCACGCCAUCGAUUAACAGCAGAUCGGAUCGGUCUAGGAGCGGAUCGUUUAGCGAUGCGGCGAUGCGACGCCGCCCGGUGUGUCGUCUACUUUGUCUAUGUCUCUGUCGUGUCUCCGUCUUCUCCUUGUCGCGCCACCGAAAUUGUUUAGGCGCGCUCUCGUUCCGUCGUGUUUGGUGUUGCGUGUGUUCGCCCGUACGCGUUUUUUAAAUGAGAGGCUGUAAAAUCCGAAUUCCGGACAGAGGUAUCCAGAUAUUCCAAGUAUUCGGACGCCACCGCGGUUCGGCUUUGAGAUCAAAGUAUCCGAAUAAUUGGGCUCAUAUACAAUUGCUCGGAGAAUCCUGCGAACCCGAACGCGAUUCGAAUGAAACGGAUACUUUGUGUAAUUCGAAUAAUUCGAAUAUCUUCGGUGAUUCGAGUCUAGAAUAAAAUCGUGCAGCUUUUACCCACAUAUCCCGAGUAAUAGAGAACGAGGAAGAAAGGGGAUCGCGUUCGAAACUAUUCUUUUCGUCUUCGUCCGCAAAUUUCACGAGCUCUCGAGCAUAAAUCGUCGAUCGACGUAGCGUUCCGCCCAGUGCGGCGAUCCAAAUGUUUCGCGCCCGCGAACAACUGCCAGAGUGCGGCAACUAUCCCUGGUAAGGCGCGGCAUACCACGGGGAUAGAUAGGUGAAAACGGAUCGGAAGGGUCGAGAAUUCCCUUUAAUCGUAUUGACGUCGCACUCUCUCGGAUACAUAUCGGUGUCUCGCGGCACACUUACAUUCAAAUGUAAUUAAAGUUUUACACGAAGGACUCCUACGCCGCUUCGUAAUUCAGUGUCAAAACUCCGGAACACCGCCCUGGAAACGCUCCGAGCAAAGUCGACGACUCGAGAAGGAGGCUGCGUCGAAACUCUCAUAGCUUAAAGAUUAUAUUCGUACUACCAUUUCGCGAUUGUCGGAACGAUGCAGUAUUUCUUAAUAAAGAACUCAUGGAUUUGUAA